AUGUUAUCUGAACUGAGGAUAAUUCUGUUAGGAAAGAGUCACUCAGAGACCAGCAGUGUGGGGAACUUCAUUCUGGGUAGAGCUGCAUUUGAGACUGAAGUUCCUUCACAUUCAGUAGAUCAGCACAGAAAGUACGCCUGUGGAUGGGUGGAUGAAAGAUAUAUCACCAUCAUCAAUGCUCCUCAUCUGUACAAUCCAGAACUCACUCAGUCAUCUGAGAGACUAAAAGAGUGUGUUUCACUUACUGCUCCUGGUCCUCAUGCUUUCUUACUCAUGGUGCAACCUCACAGUUUUACAGAGGAGGACACGAACCAACUGAAACACUUACUGAACUGUUUCAGUGAUCGAGCACUAAACUAUUCUAUAUUGAUCAGUACUGACUGGGAGGCUGAAGAGGAAAAAUCUGCAAGUUUUAACAAGUUUCUGGAUGAAUGUGAUGGAAGGUUUCACAGAUUUAAACACAGAGAUAAACAUGACAAGACUUCAGUUUGUCGGCUGUUUGAGGAUAUUGACAAAGUGGUGAAAAUAAAUGGAAGUUACCUCACAUGUGAGAUUUUUAAAGAUGCAGAGGAAACUUUGCAACAUUAUGACAAACAUGGAAAAGAUGAAGAGAGGAAACAUGCAGGUUGUCCUGAAGAAAAAAGUAGCAAGAAGCCAUUUAACAGAGUAGGAAGUUUUAGGAAAGACUCCAGCUCUAACUUUUAUCCAGCAGAAACAGAAUUGGCCCAAGUGUGGGCUACUGCCAUCUGGCAAAAACAAGGCCCUGAAUGUACAGAUUUUAAAGAAUUUUCAGAGGUUAUGUUAAGAAACUUUGAUCAGUCCGUUUCGGACCAGGAUGCAACUAAACAACUCAUGACGCUGCGUCAGGGACUAGGCUCCGUAGCAGAGUAUGCUAUCACCUUCCGCACCCUAGCAGCUGUGAGUGGGUGGAACAAUUGUGCUCUUGCCACUGCUUUUCACCAUGGGCUUGCCAGCAUGUUGAAAGACGGCUUGGCCUCCGCAGGUUGCCCCAGUGGUCUCGAGGCACUGAUUUCCCAUGCCAUAUGCCUCGAUAACCGCAUUCGGGAGCGCCGCACGGAAUGCUCUCAUUUACAGAAUUCCCCUGACCUCAUGGAACUGCCUAGGAGCUCCUUAACACAAGCAUCUGAGAGCCCAGAGCCCAUGCAUGUUGGAGGAACUCGUCUAUCCGCAGCUGAGAAAGAGCGCCGGAGGAGAGAGAAUUGCCAUAAUCCUCAGAUUGAUUGGGUGACAGGCCAGAUAUCUGAGUGGGGGCCUACCUGCCAUGCUACAUGCCUCAUUUCUAGCUCUCCACCUCCUUCUACCAAGUCUCUAGAUCCCACCAAGUUACCCCAAGUUCCUGUCGAGUACCUCGACCUGAAAGAGGUUUUUAAGCACAAAGCUAUGGACAAUUAUAUUCAGGAAGCAUUAGCCUCUGGUAUCAUCCGCCCAUCUACUUCUCCUGCUGGGGCUGGUUUUUUCUUCGUCUCCAAGAAGGAUGGUGGCUUACGGCUGUGCGCCAAGAUUUUUACUAAACUAGACUUGCGUAAUGCUUAUCACCUGAUCUGCAUACGUGAAGGUGACGAAUGGAAGACUGCAUUCAAUACCCCUUCUGGUCAUUACGAGUAUCUGGUUAUGCCUUUUGGUCUAACAAAUGCCCCAGCAGUUUUUCAGGCCUUUAUCAAUGAUGCUCUCAGGGACAUGAUUAACCGGUUACUCCGAAACCACCUUUAUGUCAAACCACAGAAGUGUGAAUGCCAGCUCGGAGAGACUACUUUUCUGGAAUUCAUCAUCAGGGAGGGUCAGAUACAGAUAGACCCCAGUAAAACCCAGGCAGUGUGGGAUUGGCCCACUCCAAGCUCCAUCAAAGAGGUCCAGCGCUUUUUGGGAUUUGCUAAUUUUUAUCGGAGGUUUAUCAGAGGGUUCAGUUUCAUUGCAGCACCCAUUUCGGCUCUUACCAAGAAGUCCAGACACCCCUUCAGGUGGAACCUAGAGGCAGAGGCAGCUUUCCAGGAGCUCAAGCGACGCUUUACCUCCGCACCCAUCUUGGCUCUACACGAUCCUGCUAGACCCUUCAUUGUUGAGGUGGAUGCCUUGAAUGUAGGUGUAGGAGCAAUUAUUUCCCAGUGCUCCUCUAAUGAAAAAUUACGCUCAUGCGCUUUCCUAUCUCACCGUUUAAUCCCUACUGAGUCCAAACACGAUGUGGGUGACCGUGAACUUCUUGCAGUUAAGAGGGCUCUGGAGGAAUGGAGACGGUGGUUAAUGGAGGCUCAGCACCCAUUUAUUGUCUGGACUGAUCACAGAAACCUGGAGUACCUGAAGCAAGCAAAAUGUUUGAACCCUCGCCAAGCUCGCUGGGCCAUGUUUUUAGUCGUUUUGAUUUUAUGCUUUCCUACCGCCCCAACUCAAAGAACACUAAGCCUGAUGCCCUGUCAAGGCAGGUUUCUUCAGCCGAGCAGGAGAACGACAAAGAAGCUAUCAUCCCAAUCUUCCGAAUUGUGGCUCCCAUUUGCUGGGGAAUCGAGACGACGGUUAAACGGGCUCAACAACUGGAGUCUAACCCUGGAACCGUUCCAACCGGACUUUUGUACGUUCCUCAAGGGGUACGUUCUCAGGUACUUCAGUGGGGGCACUCUGGAUCUAAAAGAAUCUUGGAAUUUCUACGAAGAUGUUUUUGGUGGCCAGACAUGGAGAGGGAUGUUAAGGCCUUUGUGGGGGCCUGCACUAUUUGCGUCCAAAGCAAAAAUCUCCAUCAACGCCCUCAAGAGUCACUACAUCCUCUCCCUAUUCCAAGCCGCCCCUGGUCUCAUUUGUCCAUCGAAUUCAACACAGGUCUUCCGGAAUCUCAAGGUAACACUUAUUUUAGUAGUGGUCGACAGGUUUUCUAAGGCCUGUCGCUUUAUUUCUCUUAAGAAACUGCCUUUUGCUUUUGAAACUGACAAACUAAUCUUAGAUCAUGUCUUCAGAGUGUUCAGGAUUCCACAGGACAUUGUCUUAGACCGGGGACCGGGGGACCAAUUCUUAUCCCAAGUUUGGCGGGCAUUCUGCAAACAGAUUGGGGCCACGGCCAGCCUGUCCUCUGGUUUUCACCCUCAGUCCAAGGGCAGACAGAGCGAAUUAAGUCCAUUUGAGUCCACUCUAAGGAGUCUGGUGAUGGACUGCCCCUCUUCCUGGAGUUCUCAAUUACCAUGGGCGGAUUAUGCGCACAAUACUCUCCAGUCUUCAUCCACCAAGAUGUCCCCUUUCCAGUGCCAGUUUGGUUUCCCGCCACCUCUCUUUCCUGAAUGCAAGCUUUCUCCCUUGCUCUUCUUCCUGGAUGUGAGCCUUCCCCUUACCUGUGAGAAAAAGAUGAAGCUUGGAGUGGAAGAAUCUGGAUGUGAAAAAAAGAUAAAAACAAAACAACUUUUAACUAGACUUCAUCUUCUGGAAAAGCAGAAACUAAAAAUUAAAACCUCAGAUGCUCUUCAGCUAACUUCUCUUUCAUUACAUUGUCAAGAACCUUGUGAAGAAAAAAAUCUGGUUCAAACGUUCCUACAAAGGUUGUUAAUGAUGGAUUACAGAGCAAGAUACAUCACCACCAAAGAAGAAGCCACUGCUUUAAAACAUCAUUCUCCAGAUACCGGUAAAGAAGAAGGUGAUGAAUUUGAUGAGCUUUUCUGCAAAAAAGCUGCAUCUUCUGAUGGCCAGAGUGUAAAAAAUCCACUCCAUCCCAUGGAUCUUCAGAUGGCGGUGUUCCACUGCUCAGACAGUUUCCUGAAGCAACUAAUAGUGACUAAACUCUCUCAGUGUCAAUAUGCUCUGCCGCUACUGGUGCCAAAUCCAUUUACUGGAAAUAUUGAGUUUCCUCUGUGGACAUUUCGCCAAAUUAUUAGAAGUUGGAAAACCACUGACACUUCUGGUACCAUAAUCAGUAAAACCCAUCAUGUUUAUGAAGCAGAAACUCCAAUGGUGGUGUUCUUCAGGUUAGGAGAUGUGUCCUUUUCCAAGUCUCAGCUGAUGAACAGCUUCAUCAAUGAGAAGCAUCAGACGUUCUUCCACAGACACUGUCCAGGCAGCAUUAAAAACCGUCUACUGAUGGAUGGAGUUGUGGAGAUUGCUUGGUACUGUCCAUCUGGAAAGGAAACUGAUCAUUUUACUGACUGUGUUGCUUUCUGUAAUCUACAUGGUGAUGCAGAAACCAAUAAAGAACAACUGGAUAUUCUGACUGAAAUGUCGUCUAUAAAUGUUGUUCUUUUAUCUGAUCCUAAAAAUGAAAGAAAUAAGGAGAUGCUACUGAAGCUUCUUAAAGACUCCAAACCACUCAUCUGUCUCCUUUCUGAGGAUCAAUCAGAUGUCAGUAAGAUUAAGAAUGGAAAAUACAGAAUUGGUCUAAAAGACAGAAAUCAGUCAGACGUAUCUGAGAACCUCAAAACAACCAUCACAGAGUGUCUGUCCAAGUCAUCUUUAGUUUUUAAACUUGAGAAUUUAUACAAAAACGAUGAGAUCAGCACAGAUGAAGAUGAUCCUGAAUGCAGGAAAGGAAAAGAAUCUGCACUAGAGAUAAUAAAACUACUGGAGGGGAAGGAAAUAUCCACAUUAAAGGAAACACACCUGCCCUGUCAAGGGAAGCUCUGGUAUGAGUGGUGUCAGAUAAACAAAGACUCACAUCAACUUCAAGGAAACAAUUUAGAAAUGCAAAAGAGUGAAAAACAAACACAAAUGAAACAAAUCCGUGAACAGCAACAAGAAAUUGGACAAUCAGCCUUUAUGAAAAAAAUUAUUUCCUCACUGAAUUCUCUAUCAGGAAAUGAAAAAUUGUUCUUUAUUAAAUGGCUUGAGAUUCUACUGGACAAACAAACCUCAGAUGAUCUUUCAGAUCUUCAUCACAAGUACAAUGAAACAUGGACAAGGGUUUUAGACCUCAAAAAGAAACGUGAUAAAUCAGGAAGUAUAAAUGCUGAGCAAACAGAACUUGAAGAGAUAUCUAAAAAUCUGAAUGCAGCAAUGUUUGGUCUGGAACACAUCUUCAGAGAGAUGGGUCAGAUAUAUGAGUCAAAUAUGUCCAAACAACAUAUUAACAAAAGAUCUGAACAAGAAAGCAUCUUCAAUCUCCCCAAACUUGCUGCAGAACUCAUAAAAUCUGGUCAUCCACUGGAGCUGAUGGAUGGUGAUGCUGCUCAUGUUCCUCUGAUUUGGGUUUCAGCAGUUCUAGAUGAACUCAUAAAGAAACUGGGAGACCAGAGAGUCUUUGUGCUGUCAGUUCUAGGGAUUCAGAGCACAGGAAAAUCCACCAUGCUCAAUGCCAUGUUUGGACUCCAGUUUGCUGUGAGUGCUGGAAGGUGCACCCGAGGACCCUUCAUGCAGCUGGUCAGAGUAUCAGAGGAGAUGAAGGAGCAGCUGAAGUUUGACUACUUUCUUAUUGUAGAUACUGAAGGUCUUCAAGCACUUGAGCUUGCAGGAAAAUCCACUCACCAUCAUGAUAAUAAACUUGCAACAUUUGUUGUAGGACUUGGAAAUCUGACUUUGAUUAACAUAUUUGGUGAGAACCCUGCUGAGAUGCAGGAGAUUCUUCAGAUUGUUGUUCAGGCUCUCCUGAGAAUGAAGAAGGUCAAACUAAAUCCCAGAUGUAUGUUUGUCCAUCAGAAUGUUGGUGACAUCACAGCUAGAGAGAAGAACAUGGAAGGCAGGAGACAUCUACAGGAGAAACUGGAUAAAAUGACAAAAUUAGCUGCUAUAGAGGAAGACAGUGAAGCUGAGUGCUUCAGUGAUGUUAUUGCUUUCAAUGUACAAGAUGAUGUUCAGUAUUUUGCACAGCUCUGGGAGGGCAGCCCACCAAUGGCUCCACCAAACCCCUCAUACAGUGAAAAUGUUCAGAAGCUAAAGAGCGCUAUUUUCACAAAUGCUACCAAGUCUCAUAGUAUGAAACUCUCAGAGUUUAAAUCCCGCAUCAGUGAUCUGUGGAAGGCUCUACUGAACGAGAACUUUGUUUUUAGCUUCAAAAACACACUGGAGAUUGCAGUCUACAGGAAACUAGAAACUGAGCUUGGAAAAUGGACCUGGUCCCUCAGAAGUGCCAUGUUAGAACAUGAAGAAAAACUGCACAACACAAUUAAAAACAGAAAACUGCCAAAGAUUGAGAACAAAGACCUUUAUGCUCACAUGAAGAAGACCAGAGAAGAAGUGGAGAAAUCAAUGAAGUGUUACUUUGAAAAGGACAAGGACAAAGACAUUUUAAUUCAGUGGAAAGUGAGAUGUGAACAGAGAAUUAAACAACUUAUUGAAGAUCUUGUUAAAAAUGCAAAAACAAACCUGAAUGAUUUUCUUCAACAGCAAAAAGCUCGAGAAACUUUUGAUCACAAAAAGACAGAGUAUGAUGAAAAGCUCUUCAAUAUGAGUAAAGCACUUGCUCUACAACUAAAAAGCACAGAAACUGAUGAACGAGUCCUCAGACAGGAAUUUGAUAAAGUGUGGAACAAAUGGGUCUCUGAUCUGACACAAGACACACCUGUAGAGAAACCUUUUGAUGUUUGGGAGGAUGUGAUACAGAUUAUAUUUGAAGGUAAUGAACAAGCUGCUGUGUAUGAGCGAAUAUCUCAGAAAGAUUACACAAAGAUACACAGACUGUUAGAUUAUUCAUGCUACAUUUCAAAGAAAUCAAAGCUAAAACAAGGUUUUGAUUAUUUUAAGUCUGUAUUUUCACAAGAUGAAAUAAUUCCUUUUGAAGUCCAGGAAUCAGUGAGGAACCUUAUCAACAAUGUCAUCCAAGAAUUUGAGGACUUAAUCGAGGAGAUCUGCAGCAAAAUUACAGGACUGGGCUACAAAAACAGCUACAUUCAGGAAAUAACUGACCAUGUCAAACACAAAGUUGAACAAUAUCACAGUGAGAACAAGAAAAUCAAGCUCAAGACGAAAUUCACUCUGGAUCUCUGUCUUCAUGUGUGUCACCUUGCAAAUCCCAAAUUCACCAAGAUCCACCAACAGUUCAGAGAUGAACAUUAUGUAAAAUUGUACCUGGACAAGCAGAAACCACAAUAUUACAGCGUCUUCCAAAACUACUGCAGAGGAGCAACAACCACAACAGUAUUUGGUGAACUUGUCUACAACAAUCUUGUACCAGCCAUCCUGGAAACAGCCUACAAUAGAACUGCUAUUGAUCUGUCAACACAGAUGAGAUCAGACAUGCCAGAAUUUAAUGGUAACAGGUCACAGCUUGAGAAACACAUCCUGAAAUCUUUGACAGAGCAGGAGAACUUUGAGAAGUACAUGGAGUACAUCAACCAUCCCAAGAAACACUUUGAACAGUUCAUUACAGAAAAGGUUGAUAAAUACAUCACUGAAAAUAACAGAGAGGUUCUGAAUCUUCUCAAAGGAAACCUGAAACACAAAGAGCAGAAAGUGAUGAACGCUGUGAACAUCACAACUGAAGAAGUGAAGAACAGCUGUGGUGAUGCAAACAUGUGGCUGAGAAGUUUGAACAUUUCACUAACAGAUGAGCUGAGCUUAAAAGAAAUAACCUGCACUGGUCUGGAGGAAAUUACAGAUUUAGAUUUUCUUCGGCAGGUUGUGUGUGAAGGUCUCACAAAGAAGAUGUCAGAACAACAUGAAAGCUUCAACAGUGUAACAGACAUCAACAUGGAGAAGUUCAGGAAGAAACCAGAUGAGAUUCUGAUUGAACAUCUCUGUAAAUUCUGCUGGGUUCAGUGUCCAUUCUGUAAAGCCAUCUGCACCAACACAAUGGAGAAUCAUGAUGGAGAUCACAGUGUCCCCUUCCACAGAGUAAAUGGAAUUAAUGGAUGGCACUACAGACAUACAACAAAUCUUGCAAAUAGUUUCUGUACAGCUCUAGUACAAAGUGAUAAACGUUUCUACCCCCGUCAUGAUACAGCUGUGUCAGUACCCUACAAAAUCUACAGAACAGCAGGAGGAGAAUAUGCUAAGUGGAGCAUCACUCCUGAUAAUUCAGAGCUCCCAUACUGGAAGUGGUUUGUGUGCAGAUUCCAAACAGACCUGGAAAAGUACUAUGGUAAAACAUUCCAGGGACACGGAGAGAUUCCCACUGGAUGGAGAAAAUACACUAAAAAAGAAGCUAUAGAGAGUUUGGAUGAAUACAUCUGAAGAAUAAGACACACAUACACCUGAUAUACUGUAUGUGUACACACAUACAAAUAUAGUGAUAUAUAUAUAAUUAUUUGUAAUAUACAAUAUUUGUAUAUAAUAUAUAAUCACAAUCAUUUUAAGUUUUCAGGGUUGUGGGAUUUAAAGACACACACGCACACACACCUACAGGGCAAUUCAGUGUCUCCAACUAACCUAACUGCAUGUUUUUGGACUGUGGGAGGAAACCAGAGCUCAAAUGCACAACAAUCACAGGGCCAAUUGAAGUUGAAAUUCAGAAUAAACACAUUUUUGUGAAACCCAAUAGUUCAAUUGAGUCAUUUCCAGUUCCUCACAACAAUUGCUCUGCUGCUUACACUUCCAUGCCAGCCAAGAAGAGCUGCAUACUAACACAUGCACCUGUUAGAACAUCAAAAUAUCUUGGUGCCCAGAUCUUCUAAUCCAGUGUAAUUUGCUAAAUCUGAGAGAAAGAGUCCUGCACAGUAGUGCAGUGUGCACGGAAAGAAACCCGUCACACAUACACAAAAACGAGUUUAUAUAGAGAUGUCUACAUGAGAAUGUGAGCCUAUUUAUUAAAAAUUGAGGACAGUUUUGGUUCUUUGGGGCAACCAAUCAGAACACAGGGGGUGUGGUUUUAAUCAUUUUAAUUAGGUGCCAAGUUCAGUGCUACAAAUGCAACCAGCUCAAUUAACAAUUAUCUGGAUAAGAACCCAAGGGCCAGUGAUAGCUCAGUGCUUAAGGUACUUGACUAGUAAACAGAAGGUUGCCGGCCACCACCAAGUUGCCACUGUUGGGUCCCUGAGCAAGGCCCUUAACCCUCAGUUGCUCAUUAUGUAAGUCGCUUUGGAUAAAAGCGUCUGCUAA